AUGGUGUCGAGACUCGCCCUGUAUGGCUUGCUGUCGACAUCUCUUGCCAGUACCGUAACUUUGCAUGCAAUCUUUGAACGCAAUGCUCAAUUCUAUGCUACUUGCAUACACCUCACCAGCUCGCCUAUAUGUCUUCUGAUCUUACUCAAUAUGGGCUUGUUCUCUACUAUCAUAUUUGGUCGUGGAGCACAACGUGCUUUCUUUGGUGAUUUGAGACCGUUGGAAGUCGAGCACUUGUAUGAAAAGUCUUGGUUUGCUGUCACGGAAACUUGUUUGGCAAUGACCAUCUUUCGUGAUGAUUUUGAUGUCAAAUUCCUCUCCAUGUUUGUCAUACUGCUGUCUGUCAAAAUCUUUCAUUGGUUGUCUCAAGAUCGGGUGGACUUUAUGGAACAAACACCUAAUCUAUCUUGGUUGUUUCAUAUUCGAAUCGUCAGCAUCAACCUCAUCAUGUUGCUUGUCGACUCUUGCAUGCUCGCAUACUCGGUCUCGUAUACAUUAUGGAAAGGUCCUAGUAUGAUGAUCAUCUUCGGCUUCGAGUACACGAUACUGCUGUCGCUCGUUAUAUCAACUACUGCCAAAUAUGUCCUACACACUAUUGAUCUUCGAAAUGAAAAUCCAUGGGAGGACAAGUCCAUGUACAUAUUCUAUGUCGAUCUAGUCAUCGACUUUAUAAAACUGGCAACAUACUGCCUCUUCUUUGGAAUCGUAGUCCACUUCUACGGUCUACCACUCCAUAUCAUACGAGACUUGUACAUGACUCUUCGAUCUUUUGUCCAACGCGUCAAAGACCUAAUCCAGUAUCGUCGUGCAACUCGUAACAUGGAUUCACGAUAUCCGGAUGCUACUGCUGCUGAUCUAGCUGGUGCAGAUCGCACUUGUAUUAUAUGUAGAGAGGAAAUGAAUGUACAGAAUAAUCCUCCAAUUGCUCAAAGAGGUCCUGCUCGAGCAAGUCAUCCCGAUACUCCUAAGAAGCUACCGUGUGGGCAUACAUUCCAUUUCAGGUGCUUGAGGAGUUGGCUAGAGAGGCAGCAGAGUUGUCCGACAUGUCGUCGAUCGGUGCUGACAGAGAACGUAGCACCUCCUCGACCAGCUGCAGCUCCAGCUCCUGCAGCAGCGCCUCCUCAGCAACCCCCAGCACAUCAACAGCAUCAACCACCACAACUAUCAGGUCAAGCUCCACAACCAGAUGCUCAACUCUUCCAUCCAUGGAAUCCUUCUGCAUGGUCUGGGCCAUCUGGUUCAUCGACAGGUCACCCUUCAUUGUCUAGAGGAGCUUCUGUGUCUGACUUUACGACUUCGAUUCAUACAAGUUCUGGCGUCUUUCCUGUAACGCUGACGCCAUUACUACCAAUGGGAUAUGGCUUGCAAGGACAAACACAAUCAUCUCCACCACUACCAGUGCUCGAUCACUUGACAGAUACGCAAUUGACACAACUAGAAGGAACACAUCGUGAAGCAAUCUUGUCGCGCAUACGUGCCAUACAAGAUGUGCAACGGCAAUUGAAUGGUGUCGUAACUCAAUUGACCCAAUUGACUGAACUGAUGCAUGUGCCUAAUUCAUUCAGUUCAGGGGUAGCGAGUACACAACCUGCUGCUGCUACGUCAAGUAGCAGUAGUAGUAGCGCAGCUCAGAAUAAGGAUAAAGAUCCUGUGAGGCCAUAG